AGGUACCGUAAUUAUAAAUUUUCUUACCUCAGACCCAACCAUGGUGGGACUGAGGUAGUAUUAACACCCUAUGAAAGUCCUUCCCAAACCCCUCUAUUUCGAAUCACUUGAUUAGUCAUUCCUCCAUAUUAUAAAUAAACAUCCAGCACCCAAGAUCAAAAGUCUUGUGUGCUUUGUUAAGUAAAUAAAAAUCGAAACGAUUUUUUGCUGCUACUUUGUGUUCAACCACGGAGGAAUUAACUAAUUCCUCCAUGGUUUAACUUAGCCGAGGUUGAUUGCCUGUGCCUAUGUAAUCAACACAUAACACACAAAUAUCAUUUUGGUAUGACAAUACUGUAUAUGUCAUGGUUCGCGACAGAAUUUGCAUUCUGAAAAUGGGUCGCCACCUAAAAGAGGUUUAGAAGCUGGGGUUUAAACUGCUGCAAAUGAUAUUCUGAUUAUACACACCUACAUGUAGAAAUAUGAAAAACAAAUCGUGUAUGGCCUUUGACCUCCAAAGGAACCUAGAUGUACUAGGAGCUAGAUAAUAUUAUGAUAAUCAUUAACCCGAACAGACAAUGGGUGAUGACAGAGACUGGUCAAGACUCUAAUCGAUUUCAUUUUAGUUUGAGCUAACCAGCUACACUUAACUGCUGGCUGUAGGACUUUUGAUAAGAUUUUAUAACUGUUUUGUGAGCAGAAAUCGAGAGUGAGAAACGGCAUGGAUAUAUCAAGUACAACAGCAUUGUUUGUGGUUAUUGUUACCUUAAUAAUAACAUGGUUGUAUAAGAGCACGCGUCGACCACCUGGAAUGCCGACUGGACCUGUCGCUUAUCCAAUCAUAGGAAGCAUGUCUGUGUUUACUGGAGAAACCCCACCACAAGAAGUAAUGAAGAAGAUGUCAAAAACAUAUGGUGAUAUAUUUUCUCUCAAGAUUGGAUCUUUCUGGGCUGUGGUUCUUAAUAACUAUGAGUUAGUACAAGAGGCAUUGUUGACGAAACCAAACGAUUUUAGUGGACGUCCGCCUUCAUUUUUAUUCGACUGGUUUACAGAUGGUCAGAAGGACAUCGCUGUCGCCAACCCUACUCCGAUUUGGAAGUACCAUCGAAUGUUGGCCCAUUCCGCAAUUAGGUUAGUAAUUCGUCAUUAA